AUGGCAGAUUUUGGGGAAGCAGUAUUUAAUCGAAUACCUGAAAAGUCUGAAGUUAAAAUGGUAUCUGGUUCACGGGCGUCAAGGAGCAGUGCUAGUGUGCCCGAAAGUGAUUUAGCUGUAUUGGAAAAAGAGAUUGAGUGCCUGGUAAGAGAAAAAAAUUUGAUCGAUAAAAUCGCAAACGAGAGAGGUUAUAUUGUGGAAAUUCAGAAAAAACUCAUAAGUGACCUUGAAGAUAAAUUCCGAAGUCAGCCAGUGGGCAACAGCAGCAAAAACAAAGAUUGUGUUUCGUACAGUGCUAUCGUGAAAAAAAUGGACCAUUCAUAUUUGUUGAUUAAGCCUGCAGAUCGUUCUACUUCGUACAAAACUGUUGAAAAUGAUUUUAAAUCUCGUUAUUCGCCUGGUGCUCUUAAUGUCAAUAUCAACAAGACUAAACUCACCAAAAAUGGUCUGAUGAUCAGCUGUAAUAGUAAAAAAGAUGUGGAGAUUCUAAAAGAUUCUCUAAAAUCUGAUUUAGGAAAUAAGUUCGAUGUUUGUGAGCCUACCAAAAUGUUUCCUAGAAUGUUGAUACAGGGUGUACCUAACGACUGUUUCAAAAAUCCUGGUCCAGAUAAACUUGAAUUUGUUGAUAGUUUUGUUGACGAUUUAAUAUUCAAUAACAAUUUAGGUGUUAAUUCAGAUGAUAUAAAAAUAAUUAGUUGCUAUAAGAUGGGUGACGUGCAAGUAGCCGUAACAGUCCUGUGUGCCAUAGCGCUGGUAGUUUUAGUGUUCCUCGCUUUUUUCCACAAAGUCAACCUUCUGAGCUGGAUCCAGGCCUGGAUCCGUGCCAACAAGGAGGAGAAGGUUUCCUUGACAAGGCUGAAAGGCCAUUAUAAUGCUAAUGGAUACUUGAAUUCAUACAGAAAAAUGCAUUCUAAAAUUAGGUAA